CCGUGAUCCCCUGCGGCUCCGCGCGCGGGAAGGGAAGAUGGCGGCGGCUGUCGGGCUCCCGGAGCGGGGAUAUUUGGAGCUGGUGGGCGCUGAGCGGGGAGCGCGGCGCCGGGUUCGCGAGCUCGUGUUCAGCCUCCCAGGUAGCGGCGCCCGGCCAGGGAGCGGGCGGCGGACGUGGGUUGCUGGGCGGGUGUCAUUGCUGUUGCACGCAUGGUAAAAGUCACGCUGCUGCUGCUGUUGCUCCUGCCGCCUGCCUGGCUGACGUGCCUCCUUUGCCUUGUCCCUCGCAGGCGGUGGCUCGUCCCUCACGCCCGUUCGCUACGCCGACAGCGCCGGAGGAUUCUGGUACCAAGAAAACGCGCAGCUAGGGUCUGUGACCAGGAACCGCUUCAUCCACUGGUGAGUGGCCUUGCUUCUGCAGCCCACCCGCCAGGCAGUACCACGGAUCGGAUCCUGCCCUCUCACUCCACUGGGAGAGGUUGGGAAGAGUGAAGAGGAGCUGCCCUCCGCUUUGGCCGGGCUUCCCCUUCUGGCAUCUUCUUCUGAUGCCUGAUCCCGUUUAGCAUGUGACUAGGGUGAUAUACCCAAAUAAACCAGAUGAUCUUUUUCUUUUGGUUUUGAUCUGUUCUUCACUAUUGAAGUGUUUUGAGCCGUUGGUUCUUCCAGAGCAGAACUAAAGCAAGCUAACAGUUUAAAAUGCCUUUUUUUAAUGCAUUAACCUAGUGCAGUUAUGAACAGAAUGGUACAACACCAGUUGUAGCUCUGUGGGAAGAAAAUUCUAAAGUUGGGGUGUAUGCUAAGGAAAGCAUGCAGAGGAAAGGUCCACAACCAAAAAUGUUAAGGCAUUAAAAUGAAUGACAGGUGACUUGAGCAGUAAUUGACAGUAAUCUUUGAUAAUAACUGUAUGUGACAGCAAAAUGGCCAUUGAAUUUGAAAUUAGAGAGUUCUAUGAAUGGGUACCUCAGUAGUGCAUGGAAGGUUGUAUGAAUUACAGUUAGGGCAUGGGGAAGCAGUUUGAAGAAACAGCUGCAUGAUUAUGUAGGAAGUGAGAAGGACGAAUUAGCAAAUGAAGCUGUAUUGAGGAGCAAAGGCCCACAAAAUUCCUAUAACCACACUACAGAACUAUUGUGUUUUAGUGCUGUCUUGGUGAAAUACAGGGCUAGGUCAACAGGAAGCUAUGCAUCUAACCAUGGAGCUCAGUAGCCUCACACAAUUAUGUUCCCAAUGUGCCUAUCCCUGCCUCCUAGCAACUCCUCCAGCUGCUUGUGCCUUUUGGCACUAGGUUCAUUCCCAGUCUUGGAUAGUUAUUCAAAUAUUCCCCGUUCUGGCUUUGUGAAGGGGGAGAAGAUUAAAGUGAUGUUGAAUCUCAUAGUUGUAUUUUGUGUUUGUCUGCUGCAGUAUUAAAAUAGUUUGAUUGAGAUGUUUUAGUUUGAUUGUGCUGUAUACCUUCCUGGACUUCCAGAAGAGGAAGGGCAACCUACAGCUUUACCUCCUUGUGUACCACUGUACACUGGUGUGCACUGCAUGCUCUUUGUAUGCUUGCAAAACCUAAGGCAUAUAGAAAUACAGGUAGCACAUAUAUCUUGAGAUUUGCUUCUUGGUGCCAUUGUCUUUCCACCAUGCAAAUACUGGGUUGAAUUGUACUCUGUAAACCUAUAAUUCCUAUAUGUAUUUACUUGUUUUCUUUUGCAGGGCUACGUCAGGUGCAACCUUGGAACUGGUAGAGGAAUCCCUUGAUAUAAACCUUUUGAACAAUGCUGUUCAGCUCAAAUUUCAGAAUUGUAGCCUCUUACCUGGAGGAGUACAUAUAUUUGAGACCCAGAAUAAUGUUGUUAUCUUGAUUUCAACCAAUCAGACAGUACAUAGGUUGAUUUUACCACACCCCACUCGGAUGUAUAGGAGUGUAAGUAACUUUUUUUCAAAAAUUCAAAGAGUGUGAAUUAACAAUUAACAAACAAAUUUAUAAUACACAGGCAAAGCUAUCAUUUUGGAUUGUGAUUGCAUAUACUGUAUAGCAUGUUCAGUUCAGGUAAUACACCAAACUAUGAUUUGGAGUGUCAGAAACAAGCCCUAGGCUUGUCUCUCACCUUGUGUUUAGAUUCUUUAUUAUUUAGUGUUAAUCAUAGAUGAUUGUGAUGUCUGAACUGGAAACUAUGGCUAACCCUUGAACCCAGCUCAUUCAUGGUGUAAGGGUUGAUUCUGGUUUGAAGGGCAAUCACUAACUGCAGCCUGCUGAUUUGGACAUAUGGACAUAUGAUUUUAUAGAUUCUGAACUGAUUUUAUAGAUUCUGAACUGAUUCCCUUUCUGGGAAUGGGCUGUGAAAUAUUCUGUAAUUUAUUUUUUUGUAAUGUAUUUUUUUUGGCCACAUGUUUGGUUGUAUUUUUUAUAUAGAAAAUUAAAUAAAAUCUAAUUUUCAAAUGUUUUUAUUGUUGCAAAUUCAUGUUGAAUAAUUUGCUGGGUAAAAUUUUGGUAUGGAGCAAAAUAUAUAGAUAGUUCAAAGUAAUCUUGUCUAAGAUAAAAUGCACUGAGAAGGGUCAUUGACAGAGCCCUUGUUGGCAUGCAUCAGGUCUUGGCUUAAAUCCCUGGUGUCUCCCAUUAAAAGAAUUACAAGAGCAGAUCAUGUAAAAGUCCUGUUCCUGAGAUCUUAGAGAGCCACCAAAAUACGCAAUACUGGAUUAGCUGAACAAACAGUCUGACAUGGUAUAAGGCAGCUUCCUAUAUUCCUUUGAUUGCUCUGAAGAAACUGCUUUUAUCUAAUGUUUCCUUUGAUACCAUUUUUCAGACACUUCUAGGUUAUAUGUUACAAGAGGAAUUUGAAUAGAAAAGGCAUUUCCUAUUUGACUUUUCCAUGUUCAUACUUCAAAUUUAUAUUUCUUAUUGAUAACUAAGCUUAUUGGGGAUUUUCUUAAUAGGAGCUGAUCACAGAAAGUCAUGUACAGUCAGUUUUCACAGAUGUUGGAAAAGUUCAUUUAAGAGAUCCUUUUAACUAUUGCGUGAUUCCUGCAAUCCCUGGUCUGUCAACUCAUUCCACUGCUUCAGCAGCUUGGCUUACCAGUGAUGGAGGAGCACUUUUUGCUUUGCCAUCUGCAUCUGGUGGGAUUUUUGUCCUUAAUCUGCCACCCCACAAUACUCAUGGUAAGUAUAGAAGCUGAUCUAGAUAAUUUAUUUAAAGUUGCUUUGCUUUUCAGUUAUAAAUCUCAGAAAUUGCACAUCGAAUAAGAAUUUAAAGCAGGUUUAAAAUAUUUUCUAAUGUGCAUAAGGCAAUUGACUCCCCAUAUCCGCAAAACUGUUCUAAUUGAGAAGUGUGUGCUGUACUAAUUGAUUAAACUAAGGGAACAAAGACAGCAGCAGAACCUGCUUUUGCAAUUUUGGACACCGUCAAUUAAUGUCUAAAAUCAGUAGUCAUUUUGUCUUGAAUGUUUCCACAUGGGACUUCUGAAAGAUUAUUCAUCUGAUUUAGUUGCUGUUGUGCGCCAUAUAUGCAUGCAUUAUUAAUAAAUCAUUUUUGUUUUGUUUUUAGGAAUGGUUUCAACUCUAGUCGUAGAGUUGAAACAGAGUUCAGUCAUGCAGCGCUUGCUUACAGGUUGGAUGCCAACAGCUAUCAGGCUAGUAUUUUGAUGGCAAACAGAGCUCUUGAAGUCUCUACAGUAGCCAGUGGCAUAGUUGGAACAGGCUUGAAUGAGCACUCUGCCUAUUAUUCAUUGAAGGAUAUUUCUUUUCAGCAACCAAAUGAGCUAUCUAAAAUCAUUUGUACCUAGCUUUUCAACCAGGUCUAGAAGUGUAAUUAAUUAUUGGAAGUGUAAUGUGCUUUUUCUUAGGUGGCUCUCUUUUUUAAACAAGCAUAUUAAGUUAAUCUUGAAAUUGCUCCUGUCGUCUCAGAUCUGGACAAAGCAAAAUGAAUGAACAUGUUUUGAGGGAAUAGGAACCUGCAGAAGACAGUCAGUCUUUUCUUUUUCAUAUGAAGGCCAGGGGUGCUGUUGGAUUCAGUACUUCAGCUACAAUUGCAUGUAGCAGAGGUGUUCCAAAUCUGCCCAUAGUCCAGUGGUUAGAAAGUGUGUACGUCUGACUGUUUUUCACAGUUCCCUACUUUUUAGUAAGAAGGUUGCAUCCUUUUUAUUUCCAGACAUGAUGGCUAUUGUUCAGAGAGCCUGUGUGGCUAGUGUUAGGUUUGGAAGUAAGAAAUUCUCUACUCAGCAGGUGGUCAUCAUUAUCUCUUAGCCUAACCUAUCAUAGAGAAGAGUUGUGAAGAGAUAAUUCUGAUACACUGAGGAAGUGUGGAACGGAAAUCUGACAAAUUCAUGCCCUCAAACUUUGGAGGCUAAAUGGCUGCAUUGUGAUUGAUGGUUGCUUGGAAUAUUUAGAAGAGCAAAUGAUGUAACUUUUAUCUUGAAAGGGGUAUGGUUUUAUAUGAAAAGGUAGUGCUUCACCGUAAACGAGGAAUGGGGAACCUAAUCUGACGGGUGGGCCAGAUUCUUAUCUCCCGUAUAGCUCAUGGGACAUGUUUGACAAGGUGGGGGGUGGUAUCCACCUCUCAAUCAUAUGAUGUCAUCAUGACAUCAGGUGAAGAUUUGGCACUUCUAACUUUUAAACUCUUGUAAAUUCUGUGCUUUUUUGUUUAUAAUACAUAUAAUUUAGUUUAAAUCUUUUCCAGAGGAGACCAAGGUCCUUCAGAGCUUCCUGUUAGCUUGUCUGUCCACUGUCGUGAGCAUGAUGCCCUCCUCUUUGCACUCUACCAGGAUCAUAAACUUCGAAUGUGGUCUUACAAAGUGAGUGUGAAAUGCUAAUUUCUGAUAGAAUACUGUUGUCAUUGCUGAUGGUUGAUUAUUCAUAUGACUAAUGAUACUUUCCAAAUGUUGGUUUUUGGCAACAUGUCCCUUUGAAUAUGCAAGCUAUAUUAAUUACCUUUUCUGUGGUCUGCUGUGAACAUGCACAACCUUCAGAUCUGUAUCCUUUACUGUAAAGGAACACAUGGUAAAGUAUCUGUCUAGUAUAUCAAGCUGCUGUUUUGGCAGGUGUGUUUAAAGCAUUUGUCCCAUUUGCAGAUUGUGUUACUUAUCUGGCUUCUUAUCUUGGCAGGAUCAAAUGUGCCUGAUGGUGGCUGAUAUGUUGGAAUUUGUGCCUGUAAGUAAGGACCUAAGACUUGCUGCUGGGACUGGACACAGAUUACAGCUGUCUUAUUCUGAGACCCUGGGGCUUUACAUUGGUGUAUACUUGCAUGCACCCAAACAAGGACAGGUACUUGAAUUGUCUUACAUUCGUAGAAUUUUAAUUUGCUGUUAAGUUGAGAGUCAGGGAACUACUAGUAGGGGAGGAAGGGAAAGGAGAAUGUUAGCCGCUUUGAGACUCCUUAAAGGGAGUGAAAGGCGGGAUAUCAAAUCCAAACUCUUCUUCUAGUAUGACCCAUCAGUUUCAGAGUUUAUGUGGAUAAGAAAAGUUUUCUUCAAUAAUUUUAAACAUGUUUUGUCCAGUCCUAGAAGUUUACAAAAUGACAUAGCUUUUGAUCCUGGAUUAAAAGAGCUUGCUGACAAUUUCAAAUGUCUUUUGCUUUAAAAACUGGGAAAUAAUCGCUCCUUGAUACUUGAUAAGAUGUAUUUUGAUGAAGUGCUUUCAGAAGGACUUAUCAAAUGCAUUGUUCCAGGGAAAAACAAUUUCUCAUUUCCUUCUAUGGCAGAUAAUUCAUUGGUAUAGUUUUUUGGGGGGGGGAAACGUGGAGACUAUUUUCUAGAGAUGCAGCAUCCAGGAUUGGUGCAUUUCCUGUCCUGAGUCCCAAACCCAAUUUUCUGUAUCAGUUUUCUUAGAUCUCCAAGCUUUGCAAACAAGAAAGUAAGGUGAGGAAGGCUAGAGAAAAAAGGGAAUGGAAAGCACUAUGUAGGUGUCUGCAGAGGACAAAAUUACACUUUACAUAAUGCCUUGGGCAUGGAGGCAUUCCAUUUCAAAUGCACCUGUGGUAUCUCCAUAGGGAACCUGUUGCUCCUCCUCAGAAAGAGAAAGUCUGAAAAGUGAAUUAAUUGCUAAGGAUGUCCUCUUCUCUACAAGUGCUAAAACAACCAACUUUAAAAGCAUCUGUUCAACUUGAUUUUCACAGUCUAGUGUCAUUACUACAUCCUGAAUGGUUACUGGGUAUUAUAAUUAGAGGACUGGAAUAUAAGGAUUGUCUAAAAUAGUUUACAGUUUUAUUUUCACUAAUGACAGAAUCAUUUUUUUUUUUUUUUUUUUUGCAGUUCUGUGUCUUCCAGUUGGUCAGCACAGAGAGUCAACGCUAUAGUCUUGAUCACAUAUCAUCACUGUUCACUUCUCAGGUGGGAAUGAAUAAGAUUUACAUUAAAAUGAAUGUGUCUGUCAAGAAACAUCCACUCUGCACUGAUAGGGGUCAAUAGAGUACUGUCUUCCAUUCCAUCUUCCAUUCUAUAUGAGAUUAAGCAACAUGAUGUGAUGUUGGAGAGAAAGGGAUGUGUGUACCUGCCUCCUUUAUAUUCAGUUACUUCUGAUCCAUGGGCUCUUCUGUGUGUAGCCCCAGUAUUUGUCUGCUAGUAAUAAAUUUAAAAAAUACUAGUUUUUAUAGAUUCAACAAAAUAUAAGUUAUCUCCAUUGUACUGUUAUUAUUUAGUUUCAUUCUCUUGAGUACAUUUAGGUUUGAAAAUCAUAUUCAUUGUUAUAAUCCACUCGUUGUGGUAUGUUUUUAACUUAGGAGACCCUUGUUGACUUUUCCUUAACUACUGCUGAGAUCUGGGCACUCUGGCAUGAUGAUGAAAAUAGAACCACUGUGAAAUACAUCAAUUUUGAGCAGUAAGUUUUGUCCACCCCUGGUGUAACCAUGAGCAGUAAAUUGGGCGAGGAAAAAGUUACUUUAAGCCCUGAAUCCAAAUUAAAAAGGAGAUUCUCUCAACACUAAGAGAUAGCAGAAAGAUACUUCAAAGAAAAUAACUAUAACCUAUGCUGGCACUUCUAACAAGGAUUUGAUACCUAUUGAUGAAGCAUGGAGUUACCAUAUAGUUCUGCGUAAGGCAUUUCUGGAUGGCUAAGGAGGUUGACAAAAGAUCAGGGGAGCCAUGUUUAUAAUACUUAGGAUGGGCUGUGAGCAGCAUGCAGGCUUGCUCAAGCAGUUAGUUUCCAUGCUUCACACCUGUUUAAGCUAAGAGGUGGCGACACAAGGUGAAAAUUGGAAAGGAGAUUUCUCUGUCUCCUGGUAGACUUGACAUGUCAUAGGAGCUCUUAGACUAUUUGUUGAAACAGCCAGCAAUUAUAUGUGUCAGCCAUCUUGGAGAAAUGGACAGAAGCUACAUUGUCUGGGGAUGUUAUGGUUUUGAAGGGUCAUACACUGGACUGGCAGGGCCAGCUUCACAGAAACAGGAAGACUUCCCUCCAUUUUGUAGGCGGGAGGAAACGACUGGUUUUGGAAAGCUGCAGAGCUGCUAAAAUAUAGUCCCUUAGAUAUCCCACUUGGCACUGAGGGAAGGGGACGAUGAUAGUCUCUGUGUGUGCAUACACACAUGUCCAUGUAGGGGAAACCCGCAUCAGCAAACUUUCAUUCAUCUGUUUUUAGUUUAUAAUUGUAGGUUUGUGGUGUCAUGGGUCAAAAAUAUGGAAGAUGUUGGUUAUGUUUAAUUGUUCAUAGUUAUAUAUAUUUAUUUAUUCUACUUGGAAGCAAUCUUUUUUGAACUAUAAAUGUAAAGUUGGCUAAAAUAGUCCAGUCUUGUUUUAGCAAUGUUGCAGGUCAGUGGAACCAAGUCUCUGUGCAGCCCCUGCCACCUGAAGAAGUGGAUAUUAGAGAUGACCAGGACCCAAGGGUGAGUUCUUCAAAUUAAUUUAUUAUGAAUUUGAAUGGCAAAACACAGAUGAGUAGCACUUGUAUGAAUCCCUAAAAGUAUGAACAUUGCGUAUAUAUGGGAAAAAACAAAUCUGUGUGCUCAGUUGCUAAGAAGGAAGACCAGUGAAAUGAUGGAUCUUUGAAAGAAGGCAUUCUCCUUUUUUAAAAAAAUUGUUAGAUUAGUAGUGUCAAAUAUGCAUUUUGUUUGGUCUGAAGUGCAAGACUCUUGGCUUUGACUAAUUGAUGUGUAAACUUUGUUCUCUGUGUGUGUGUGUGUGUGUGUGUGUGUGUUUGAUAUUACUCUUGGUGCUUCUUGUGUCCCAAAGUGUCUGAAAGCAAGAUUCCUUUGGCCACCAGAAGCAUGCCUUUUUUUUUUUAAGUUCUUUUUUUUUUUUGGUUCAAAACUUUGUGUUUCAGAAAUGAACAGUGCCUCAAUUUCUACACUUCAUUUUACUCUUAGUUUCAAGGUUGAUUUCUUUCUUUCAAGCUUUAGGCAGCAUGUGUGGAUCUCUAAUGUAUUAACAAUUUCACAUAGUUAAUAUAUAGUGCACAUUGGAAAUUGUCAUAUAAACUGAAGUUGAGCAGUUGCUAGAACAUAGUCAUGGGACAAUAUUUGGACGUAGCUGUUAGUGGAAGGGAAUAAAAUGAAUCACAUGAUCUGCUUGGGAAAUAAUUAUGCUGACUCUUACAGGAAACAUUUACAGAGGCCAUCUUCAUGCCUGGACAGUUCACAAAUGCGGCUUUGCUUAAAGCUUUACAGGUGAGCAGGAACAUCAUCAUUUGUUGGGGAGUUUCUGGAAAACCAUUACAACUUACACUAACAAGUCAAUUGCACAAAAUGGCAAGAUUGGCAUUUGAGGCAGAAGGGCAGAGCACUCCUCUGCUCUGCUCUGCCAGUUCAUAGCUACAGUGGCCUACUGUCAGCAGUCAUCUACAUAGAACAUUCUUUUUGACACUGCUUGGCAUGCUGUUAGAAUUCAAGUGUGAGAUUUGGUAAGCCCUGGCACUAUGUGCAUUUAGGUUUAAGGGUGAGAAACAUCUUUUAAUUUUCCCUUAGAUAUUUUCUCAAAGAGCUGAGCACCUCACAGACCUGUCCUGGGAUGAGCUGAAAAAAGAAAUUACUAUAGCUCUGGAAAAUGAGGUAAGAGUUCCGUUUAGUCUUUGCCCCUCUUGUUGCUUCAACAGGAUUACCUUCAUUCUUGGAUUCUUAUUUCAUUGGUUCUUUGUAAUAAUUGUGCUUAUAUUUAUGUGUUUGUUUUAAGAUAGGUCAAACAAUGCUCUACUGUUGUAAUGUUAGUUUUUAGGGUGGUAUCCAAUCCAAUGAAGUGCUUCUGCUAGGGUUAGGUUUUCCAUGUGUGUCUCCCUAGAACAAAUUAUGGGGGCACAUGGGUAGAGGAGAGGGAGGAAAUUACCUUUAGCAGCCAACAUCCUUGAUUUAGCAGAACUGUUCAUUUGGAUAGCUAACCUUUGGUCUGUGUUUUUGUUCUUGUUUUCCAGUUCCAAGGAAAUGUGACUGAGUAUGAAUUCUCACAAGAAGUAUUUAGACAGCUGCAAAUAGAAUUUUGGUCAAAAUUCUAUGCUUACUGUGUUCAGUACCAAGAAGAACUCUCACGCCCACUUGCACUUCUCUUGAAUCAAUGCACUAGCAUGGUGUGCCUGCUUAAAAAGGUGAGAAUCAGGUUAGAAAGAGGCAAAUUUCAGAUAUUUCUUUCAUAGAGCAAAAUGGGCCUGUCCAACUCUGGCAGGCAAUGACCCUAACUAUUGUGGACUUAAGUUUCAAGAGCUCUCAGUAGUGUGUAAUUAUAAUUUUAUGUAAUAAAUGUGGCAGAUAUAAAUUUAUAUGGUUUACUUGUUUUACAUGGGACUUUUUCCUGAGCAAAUGUUGGUUAGAAAUUCAGAUGGUCCGUAGUUUCAAUAAGGAUCUGAAAAUCAUGGAAGCUGCUAAAAGAUAGCUAGUUUGAGCUUUUCCUAAGUUACAGUACACUAUUUUGCCACUGUAUCUUUGAAUAUUUAUGAUGCUGAGAAUGUGGACUACUCUGACUAUGGGCAUUUUCCCCCUUCAGAAUGUUGCUGUGAGCUUUCCAUGUAAGUAAAUCAUCUUUUUGUGGUGUUUGAAAACUAAAUGAUGAGUGUAUCUUCUCCCCACACAGGGAUACCUGUCUUUUCUUGUGCCCUGCUCCCUAAUGGAUCACCUUUACCUUUCGCUUGAUGAACAACUGGUGAAUGAAGUUGAGAGCACUGGCUUAGAUGGUAAGAGAGAGUGAGCACACAAACCCACUAUAAGAUGUUGUUGGCAGAGCAGAAUUUAAAACAUAGUCUUUACAUUUUUUUAAAAAGUGUUUUAUUUUUCUGAUAAAUAGCCAGGAUCCAGAAAGCCACUCACAUCAGGCUUGCACUACUGCAGUGGAACUUCUCAGAACAAAACUUUACUUACAUGGAAAAUAAACUGCUUUGGUAACCCUCCUCUGUUUUAAAACCAAUUUACCAUGUUAGCAUGUGGAGCUUUUGCUCAAGAAGUGUAAGCAUAAAGGGUCACUGGGCUCAUAGAUCUAAUUUCUCAACUCUUUGGAUUCCUGCCCAUGUUGGUUAUUUUCAGUUAGUUAUAUCCCAGCAGGUAACAAUAACCUUGGUGUAUCUCUCUCCAAGAACUUUUAAGUAAUCAGUUCAUGAUCACUUUCCUAGAAGCACUUGCCUCAUGCCAGUGGGAGAAAUGGAUAAAUUGAAAGGCUGGAUUGAGAGUUUUAAAUCUAUUGAUGUUUCAAAAUCAUGCACUGUGGGAGAGUAACAUAACUAGAGAGCAACAUAACUAGGGAAGUUCAUUCUUGGUGCUUCUUAGGUUGACUUUAGUAAGCACUAAUGAAGUGAUUUUUUUUUGCAUUUUGCCCCUGGAUAGAAUGUGCAAGCAAGAAUAAAGUGUAUUCUUAACUGGUUUUAUUCCUGCUUUUCCAGCAUAGUUGGCUUUUUUAUUGUGAUUAAAAUAUAUAUACCCACACACACUCUGAAAUAAGUUCUAAACACCGCCUUUUCAUUGUAGAAUCUGAAUUUUCUCAUGAUCUUGUGAGUCUUGUUCAGUGCCUUCGGUUAAUUGGUGAAUCAAUUUCUGUGGAGAUGGCACUAACAAUGGAAAUGGCUUGCUGCCGUUCCCAGCCGCCAGAGAGAGCUGCAGGACAGAUCCUUCAUGACUUGAUUGCUAAUGACAUGUAAGCAUGCACUAUGAGCAAAGUAGGCCAUUGAUAAAAAAUGAUUUUCUCACUCUACAGCAUUUAGCUGAUUGGAUGUGUGUGUGUGUGUGUGUGUGUGUGUGUGUGUGUGUGUGUGAGAGAGAGAGAGAGAGAGAGAGAGAGAGAGAGAUUUCUAGCCACAAAGUUCUAGUAGCUGUAGUUCUCAGAAAAUUGGGCUCACUAUUCCUUCCCCUCAGAGGGCAGAGGCAGCACAGUUGAUAACCUUCCCUGUGGAGAAAUGUCCUUCCAGAUUUUAGGCCCUGCCUUCUUCAAGAGAGCAGUGUUACACACCAAGGCCUAAGUUAUUUUUCUGUCAGAGCUGAGAGAUUCAGCCUUCAAUUUCUUUUUUUGUUAAAAAUGUCCUCAAUCUUACUGUUCCCCUCAGACAGGUAAAACGCUGUAUAUCUCCAGCUGAGGCCCAAGACAGUUUGAACCAAGGCUACACUACAAGCAAAAUCCCUAGGGUUCCUGUGCUUAAAAAGUAGCCAUAUAAAUUCAAAAGUUGUACAGUGUUUUUGUUACUUCAUUUUUCUAUGAAGCGUUUCUAUAUACUGCCUAUUACAGUCUGUCUCAAGGUAGUGUACAAAUUACAGUCACCUGAUUGCAAUAGUUUGUUCCAGAUUACUUGUAUCUUACAAUUUCAUGUUCCUCAACCCGAGGGUGUCAUAGCCCUUGAGACAGUGUGUGGAAAAAUUAGUUGUAGGAUGCCACAUAUAAUUCUUAAUAGGGUGGAUAGUGUGUCUUCUGUAUCAUGUUUACUCCCUCAUAACUGAAUAAAUUCUCAAUAUAUUUUAUGAAGCCUAACACAUUUUGCUGGUUUCCUUGUAGAGAGAAUCUAAUAGAGGAUAUUCACAGUAAAUUGCAAGAGAUCAAAAACCCAAUUGAUGCUAUUGGGGUGCUUAUCCGGGAAAUGGACUAUGAGACAGAUGCGGAAAUGGAAAGAGGACUCAAUAUUGGUGAGAGAACAGUGGCUCUACUCUCCCUCCCCCUAACAUUUUGAUUAAGUGAAAGCUGCUUAUGUCGGUAGAUGCAUAUAUUUUUGCCUUUUCUUACCUUUCUUUCUACAGUCCAACCCCUAAAUGUGCGCAUGCAUCUCUCACAACUCUAUGGUAGUAGCACAACAGUAAACAUGGUGUGUCGGUGUGUGUACAAGAUGUCCAUGACUCGCUUUUUGCUUUGUCGGGACUUGUUGAUUUUACAGCAGCUCUUGCUACGGCUUGGAGAUACUGUGAGUAUAUUGGAACAAAGUUGACUGUGUGACCUCAAGCAGUACAAUCCUUACAUCAUUAACUGAACAGCAUACAUUGAAUAAUAAUGGAAUGGUUAUUAUUAUUCAAUGGUGUUGAAUAAUAAUGGAAUGGUUACAAUGGUUGCUGAAUGGACAUUACCACUUAGCUGUCAGGGUGCACUGUGUUGCUUGAUCUACUUUUUUGGCAGCCAGGAAAGAACUUGGGGACCAAAACAUAUAUUAUCACAGAGCAGCACGUCUGAAUCCAAGCCAUUAUUCUUAUUAACAAGAAGGAGCUUAAGUUGAUUCAGAUCAGAUAGUAAUGUCAUGUUUCCAACACCAGCUGCUUACUUCAGUUAGAUAGGCUCUGGGUUGAUUUUCCUUCAGUCCCAUUCAACCCACUUAAAAUAGCACUCCUGUCUUUGGCUGUCUUGCUUUCAAUAUCCGUUGGCUUCAUUCCUCUCCUUUCUAGCAACUGCUUCGGGACAGCCCUGAAGAUAUUGCUAUAGAAAAUCAAAAUGGGGUAUAAAUGUCUAUAUGGAGAAGGGGAGGAUAAUACCACAAGGAUUUUCGCAUCUUUUCUGAAUAAUGUGAAAAUACUUGGCCAUUGACAGCUAUUGAACAACUAAUACUUAUGUUGUGUUUUUAGGUAUUGGGCGGAGGCCAGCUAUACCACACUCAACAGAACUUGCUGCAUCGCACAUCUCAUUUGAUAUUAUCAUAUUACCUGAUCAGGUGGGCAAGUCAGCGCUUGGCAUCAGAUGUUCCAGUUGAUGAACUGUAAGUUCUUUACCUAUAGUUUGUAAUGAAUAUGAUGGAUGAAGUAGGUGUGGCCAUUCUCUUUUCCUUUAGCGAAAAAUAGGCAUUUUGUUUGAUAAUAGCAAGCAGCUAAUUUGGGCAGGUUCUGCUCAGGACUUUUCUGUCUGAUAAGUAUUUUUUCUUGGUUUCUUCAGGGAAUGUAACCUACAGCAUCUUUCUGUAUUAAAACUGACAGAUUCUACAGCUAUAACACCACUCAAGCUAGGUAAGAAAUUAAAAGCUUUUUGUCUCUUUUUGGUUGUAAGUAUGUUCAGUUACUGUUUUUUAAAAGUGACAAUACAAGGCUUUGCUAAAAGAUUAAUCAUGUUUAUAGACAUAAGUUCUCCAGUGCUCAGAUUAAAAUACUUUAAAGCAAGAUAGUGCUGAAAUCGUUGCUCAGAGAAUCUAAACUGCUAUAGCUCAGGGGCCAUUUUUAACAUUAACCCAGCCACCUUUACCUGCAGUCUAGGCUAGAUUUUUAUUUUAAAAUUGUUGGGAUUUUCCAAAUUUUAAGUAUCCUACGUGCCAUAUUUCCUAUGCCUAGUUUUUUCAAACUUGAAAGUUCUAUAGAUAGCUAGAAAAUCUAGUCUUUACCUGUCAAAACAGUUGGUGUUGUGUCUAAAAAUGCAAAGUACAUCUUAAGUAAGCAAAACCUAAAAAUUGGCAUUUAAGUUUACAGCCUUUCUUCCCUGCAUCCCACUUGGAUUUAUUAGAAGUGGAAUAUAGAAGUUAGUAUUAGGGAAACCAUUACAUUGAAGAAUCAUGUACAAAACAUGUUUAUGGCAUUUUCUCAUUCUUUAGAGAUACUGAUGCAGACAACAUCUUUUAAUCUGUUUUAGUGUCCAGCCCUCAAACUAUCGUGGAGCUGUUCUUUCAGGAGGUAGCCCGAAAACACAUAAUAUCUCAACUGUUCCCACCUAACGCAGCCUUGGAUGAAUCAAGUUUGAGUUGGCCUCAAAUGUUUUCUGCAAUUUCGAGUUAUCUCCUGCAGUUCUUGUAUCCUUCAGUUGCAGCUUCUGCUUGAAACGGUGGACAGGAGCUAUGCUUUCUUCUGUUCCUCUAGUGCGGGGAUUCUUAAACUUUCUACCCCUGGGAUAAAAAUUAACUGGGGCCCACCAAACACAAUGUGCAGGGGCGGAAUCAGCAGACAGAGGCACAGUUUGGCAUAACCAGCUGACAAUUAUUGACACUUUGCGAAUUUCUGAAAUUCUUUGCUCCAGUGAUUCCUCUAUGGCAGGGAGUUACAGUUCAGUUUUAUUCAAGUAAAGUACAGAAGUUAGGUGGAAUUCAUCAUUGUGCUCAUUCAGUUCUUCCUGUGCAAGCAUUCCAGCUUGCCAAAUGUAUCCUCCUUCCCUGCAUGCUCUUCUGGGGGUUCUCUAGGACCCCCCCCAAACCAAUUGUGAGGGUGCCUGUGGGGGGAGCCCCGUUGGCAAGGUGUGAAGUCUUUGUGCAGGGCUUCCACUCAUGGGGCUGGUUAGCCAAAUCCUGCCCAUAGCUGCAGAGGCAUGACUUGGCUUCCUCACUUUAGGCACAAUUUUAUGAUCUAGAGCAGGGGUAGUCAACCUUUUUAUACCGACCGCCCCCUAAUGCAUCUUUCUUGAUGGUAACAUUUCCUUACCGCCCACCAGUGCUCGAUGGAAGGAGGAUUCAGCUUGUGCCGUACAACCCCUUACUGCCCACCUAGAAUCCUGAAAUGCCCACUAGUGGGUGGUAGGGACCAGGUUGACAACCCCUCAUCUAGAGGUUCUUCCUUGCUCUUUUUACAUUCACUUUUCACUCCUCUGUGAGUUUCCCUCUUUUUUCCCAUUCCUUUCUUCCCAGUUUAUUGGGUGUUUUUUUUAAAAAAUGGUUCAUCUUACUUGCUAAUCCCCCCUCCCUCCCUUUCCUUUCAGAGGGUUGGCAGCAAGGAAAGAGGACUGAGUUAUGAGACUGUGUGAGAGAGAAGUGGAGGGACCAGAAGGCACAAGAGAAGCCCCAAGCACUUCUCCCUCUGUCUGUCCUUUUGCCUCCCGUCUUCCUGUUCUUCCUCUUCCUUCCCUCACACUAAGCCUGCCGCACUGCCCAUCUCUUGUCUGUUUCCUCUUCUUCCUUUCUGUUCCUGCCCUCCAACUCUGCAUGCUAAAGCCUUGCUCUCCAACCAGCUCCUGCUUCCAUGCAGCCCUAUGAUUGUACAUGUGAGGAGCUGCUGUUCGUGGUAUUGAUUCAUUCAAAAGACUACAGCACAGUCAAGGGACAACCAAAAUGAUCAAGGGGGUGGAGUGACUCCCCUAGGAAGAAAGAUUGCGGUGUUUGGGACUUUUUAGUUAGAAGAGAAAAGGCGAGGAAGACAUGAUAUGAUAGAAGUUCAUAAAAUUAAGCCCAGGGUCUUGUCAUCCGUUCAAUAACCUAUAUUCCUUAUGCAGUCUUCAGGUGGCCAAGCAAUCCUAACUUCCUCUUUCCAGAAUGUUUGAUGGGGGCUUGUCAGUAUGCUCAAUUGCAGGUGAGAUCUUUAUUUGUGAACUCCUUUACAUUAAUAUUUAAAGGAUAGAAGGAAAAUGCUUAAGUAGAUCAGGUGGGAGCCUGGUUGAAAGCUAGCCCUGGUUUUGUAUGCAGGGAUGUAAAGGGGCAGCUGAUGGAUCAUUGGUACAUAUGGUGGGAUCAAGAGAUUAACUGAGAAUAUGAGCAGCAACUGGGGUUCAUCUUGGGCAUGUCUUAUAAGGAGAGUGGGAAGCCGGUUUUGGAAAAUUGUAUUAAAUUGAACUAAUUUGGCAAGAUUUAUAAUAAUUUUGAAAAUCUAUAAAAAUAAUUGGCAAAAAGAAAGCUAGCACUGGUUCAAAGCAAUGGAUUAGUUGCGGGGAAGGAUGCUAUGUGCAUGCUGCCCUAAAAUAAUAAUAAUCAUCAUCAUCAUUCAAAGGUAGCCCAGGUAAAUCAGGCAAAUGGAUCAAAACUGGAUAUUAUGGAAGGGAUUCUCAAUCCAGUAGAGGCUCCUACUGGCUGAAUUGGGGAGGCCAUUUUUACCGACCCCCCUCACCUACAGUUACAGCACAAACUCUCAUGUUUUUCUAAAGGGUCCCCCAAAGGUAUGGAGCAGAGGUUUUUUGGGGGGCAGGGGUGUUUGGAAAUGCCUCUCUUCUCUCCCCACUAUACCACUGGGAGUAUCCUGUGAACAGAGUUAAUCUCACAGGAACAGAGGCUCCAAGCCUAAAUGUCUAGAUCAGAAUCCAGCCUAGCUGCUUGCCUGUUCAUGUUUUUUAAUUGGUGUGCGUUAAACAAUGUCUGUCUGAGUACAGUGGGAAGUAAGACAUAACAUUGAUUUGUCUGAUUAGUGGAUGUUUGUAUAUUAGGAAUAUAUUCGUUUUCUGGGACCUUGGUGCCAUGUGAAUAUGGGGUCAUGCUGUUUUAUGAUGGGACGCUGCUACCUUGUUAUGGGAGAAGGGCACAAGGUAAAUUCUUAUUUCUCUAAAACAGAUAAACAUUUUAUUGUUUGAGUUGAGAAACAAAAGGAGAGAAGUUGGUUAGACAGUAGUCAUAGCUAGGAGUGAGAGAUUCUCAGUUACUUUUGAGGAUCUUGAUGUCUGCAGAGUGCUGUAGAUUUGACAGCUUUGUUCUAAAAAGGAGCAAAAUAUAAAAUAAGUGUCAACUGUGUUACCAAUCUAGGCUUUGUUCAGAUGAAUCUGUCUACUGCUUUCCUAGAGUCAGAUGCUUUGCUGUUCAUUUCUGGCCUUCAGUGGCAGCUUCGGGUGGGGUGUGUGCAUGGACUGUUCCUAGUACAGUGGUACCUCGCAAGACGAAUGCCUCGCAAGACGAAAAAAGCGCAAGACGAAAGAGCUUUUCGUUUUUUGAGUUGCUUCGCAAGACGAAUUUCCCUAUGGGCUUGCUUCGCAAGACGAAAAACGAAAACGUCUUGCAAGUUUGUUUCCUUUUUCUUAAAACCGUUAAUACCCUAUGGGAAACCGUUAAUACCCUAUGGGAAACCGUGCUUCGCAAGACGAAAAAUUCGCAAGAUGAAAAAACUCGCAGAACGAAUUAAUUUCGUCUUGCGAGGCACCACUGUAAUAGUUUUUAGUGGUAUCCAUGUUGAAUUAUAAUGUGUAGUGCUUUGAUAACCAUAGCAUGCACCUGCGUGCCAUUUUGUGACUGACGCUAUUGACAGUUCCUCAGAAUUGCAGAUGUAACCACUGGCCUAAAAAGUUUGGCAACCUCUGACAUACAGUAUGGAAUUGAUAACUGUAGCAAAACAAUAUGGAAGUGAUCCCAGUUUAUUCUGUGCUUCGGACUAACUUUGUCCCAAGCCUUGGUUUAAGUUCUUUUUUUCUUUCAGGCUCUGGACUGUUUCUGUGAAGCAGCCUCAGAAGUUGGAAAAGAGGAGUUUUUGGAUAGACUAAUUAGAUCGGAGGAUGUUGAAAUGGCUUCAACCCCACGGCUACAGUACUAUGACAAGGUAUUUUCGUUUCUAAGCUUUUAACCUUUCUUGUAGAAGGGGUGGUAUAACAUGUACUUAACAUUUUCACAAAUAGUUCAGGUAAAACAUUCUUGGCUGUAUAUUCCCCUCCCUAGGUUCUGCGUCUUCUGGAUACCAUGGGUCUACCUGAACUGAUCAUUCAGUUGGCUACCUUAGCAAUCACAGAAGCAGCUGAUGAUUGGAGAAGCCAAGUAAGGAAUUAUGUUUUGCUGUUGUAGGAUGCGUGCCCUUCUCAUCCAGCAUUUGUUUGUGCCACCACACUAAUUUUCCAGCUGGUUAUAGUUGGCUUAACUGCCAUAUUUGUAUUGCAGGCUACCCUGAGGACAUGCAUUUUCAAACACCAUUUGGAUUUAGGACAUAACAGUCAAGCAUAUGAAGCCAUGACCCAUAACCCAGAUUCUAGCAGGUAAUACUUCAUAUAUUUUAGGCAUUGAUAUACCUUAUUUUUAUGAAUCAAGUGCCAACCACAGGUGGUUGGGGUUGUUUUUGUUUUGUUUUUGGCUCUUUAAAAAACCCUGAAAAUAUUGCCUAGGUUCUAAAGAGCUGUGUUUUUCUAAUUUAAGACAUUUAUAUACUGUUUAAAUAUGUACAUUGCUUUAAAAUGUGAAAAACCAGUCCACAGAAUUCACAGUCCAUGGUAGCAAAGAGUUACCUCUUUCUUUCUCCCUUCUAGGCAGCUGGAUUGUUUACGGCAGUUGGUGGUAGUUCUCUGUGAACGCUCCCAGCUCCAGGAUCUUGUGGAGUUCCCCUAUGUGAAUCUCCACAAUGAGGUAAAUGGUUUGCUUUUGUUAGCAGUGAGGUAGUGGUAUAAGGAAAUCUUCAGCUAUGUCUAACUGUUGUUUGUAUUAUAGGUUGUGGGAAUAAUUGAAUAUCGUGCUCGGGCAGUAGAUCUGAUGACACAUAAUUACUACGAGCUGCUAUAUGCUUUCCAUGUUUAUCGCCAUAAUUACCGGAAAGGUAUGACAGAUUAUAUAAAAGAGAAAACUGCCCCACCUGUUAAAAUGUCAAUUCUUGUGGCAUUGAAUCAGAUGAUGAUUUGUUUCCCAUUAAUGAGCAGUCUGUGCAUGUGGUGAAAGAGCACAGCCAUGAUAGCUAAUCUGUGCUAGAGCAGGGGUCGGCAACCUAAGGCCCAUGGGCCACAAGUGGCCCACGGGGGUUGUUUAACCGGCCCACAAGCCGCCCCCGAACCGAGCCGCCUGCUCGGUGAGAUCCCGCGCACUGCGCUAAACCAGCGUGGUGUGGGGACUCACUUCUGCAAUGCUGGAAAUUGUGUCUGCGCAUGCGCAGACACCAGAAAUUGUGGGCAUGCACACACGAUCCGGCCCACGGUGGGAUCUCCACUGGAGUGAACUGGCCCAGGCGAGGUAAACCUUGCAGACCCCUGUGCUAGAGGAUUAGAAAAGCCAAGUCCUAAACUCCAUGUUUCUGUGAUAAACACUAAUGUGAGGGCCAUGAAGGGGGGAGUAUUUGCAGGGGAGAAUGGUAUGUGAGAGGAUGCUCAACCCUUUUGCUGCCCACUAAUUCUCUACUGCAUAUAUGCUCCAGGUGUAUGAUUGGAACUAUAUAUUUACUGAAUAUGUUCUUAGUUGAAUGGAAAAAGUAUAUAAUAGAAAAGUGUCGGGUGUUUUUGAAAGCUAAACACCACGGUAUAGACUAUAUGCAUAUCCAUGCUAAACUGCAAAACCCAGAUUACUUUGAGGGAAGGCAGGGCAGUUAAGCUAAUAUAAAGCUGCUGUACCCUGCCUUCAUCCAUUUAUUUCCUCAAUACUGACAACCUUUAAAAUUAGGAAUAUCUCCUGUUCUAGUGUCCAGAUCUUUUAAUUUAUCUUUUGGUUAGUUUCUCCUCCUCUCCACUAGAUUAUAGGUGAUUUUCAAGUUGUUUCUACUUUACGUUCCUACUACAACCUGUUCUGACCUGAAGCUGUUAUAUUUCAGAUGGGGAAGAGGUGACUGUUGUAUUGUCUUAUUUCUUUCCUCAGCUGGAACAGUGAUGUUUGAAUAUGGAAUGCGCCUUGGCAGAGAAGUCCGUACCCGCUCUGGACUGCAGAAGCAAGCAAACUGUUACCUUGCAGCUCUUAAUUGUUUGCGGCUCAUUCGCCCUGAAUAUGCAUGGAUAGUUCAGCCAGCUUCUGGUGCAGUGGUAUGAAACAUCUCCUUUUUCAAGAUUCGAUCUCACUUUGAUUAUUAGCAGUUCUUUUUCGUGAAGACCUUGGCUGCUGUUUGCAAGUAUGUUUAAGAUAGCAGCAACCUCUGUCACACUGCCUGGUUCACAGAUCACAUUAAAUCAUGUUUAACUCUAGUUUGACACAGAUUUGCAGUGUCCUCAUACAGAAGUACUCGGAAAUUCCUGCUUUGCUUCUUCCACACUCCUAGUCAUUGUGCCCUGGGAGCAACAAAGUGAAAACUUUGACUUGUCAUGUCAUCCAAACCCAGGCCCAUGAUGUGAUUCUCCCAAAACCAGCCUUUCUCAGCCUUGGGUCCCCAGAUGAUGUUGAACUACAACUCCUAUCAUCUCUGACGAGCUAGCUAGGGAUGUGAGUUGUGGACCCACAAUUGAGAAAGGCUGCUCUAAACAAACCACAAGCAGUAGCAAAUAUAUAUAUAUAUUUGCUUACUGCUCAUGGUUUAUUUGGUGGAAACAAACCAUGUGCCCAGCUUCAGAUAAGAUGACAAGCCAAUCUUUGUGGUUUGUUGCUCCCACCCAGUAAGGUGGGGGAGGAGCGGUGGCGAUUUCAAAGCAGUGUUCACUACAGUGCAGCUUGUUCACAUUAAACAGUUAUUAAACAUAAAUUGGUUUAACAUAAUGUGCAAACACAGCCAGUAUGUCCACUGCUAAUUCUUGUGCUGAUGUCCCAAUAACAAAUAAUUGGAAAUAAAGUAGCUUGUCUAAUACAGUGGAACCUUGGAAGCCGAACGCCUGUAAACUCGAAUGUUCUGGUUUUUGAAUGAUUUUGGAAGUUGAACGUCCGGUACGGCUUCUGCAGCUUCCGAUUGGCUGCAGGACGCUCCUGCAGCCAAUCAGAAGCUGCACCUUGGAAGUUGAACAGACUUCCAGAAUGGAUUCCGUUUGACUUCCAAGGUACGUCUGCAUUAGCAUUUCACUGGAUGCAGGCAAAUGGUUACACAGCUAUUAUAAAUACUCAUAGGGUUAUAUUCAAUGUAGCAUGCAACAAAAUGUUCCAUCAGCUCAAGGAUUUCUCCUUGUGCAACUGAACUUAAUUCCCCCAUCGCCCUCCCCCACAUGCCCCCUAGAUCUGUUCUGAGGUUUCCCCAAACCUUCUAGAGCAGAUUUGGGGACAUGAAGAGGGGAAUCGCAUUGCACUAGCACUAAUCUUUGCACUAGCACAACUAUUCUGCCUAUAGUAAUGUUCACUGAAUAAAAAUAUGCAGAAUAAGCAGAUAUGCAAGUUUGCUUCCUUUGCUUAAUUGAUUCCUGCUACAGAAUUUGCCAUUUUAUUGCAAGUCAAACUGAGGAUGUCACUUUGCAUGUUUCUGCGCUGAAAUCUUGGAAAAAAUAGACAGAAUCCUGGUGAUGCUUAAACACUAGUGAAGAUGUUGUAGAGACUGAAGAUUUGUAUAUCCAGUUGUUUAGAGUGCUUAUCCUAUCUCACACUAGUAUGAACGUCCAGGAGCAUCCCCCAAAAGAAGUCAUGAUGGAGAGUGUGCUGCUGCCCCCAGUGAGUCUUCUGCUGUUCCACUUUCUCAAAUGCAGAUAAUUCCAAAUGUCUACUCUUAAAUUCCAGUCAAUCAGCUUAAUUUUUCUGACUUACUCACUUUCCAGCUUACAUUUGGGUAGUUUUGAUUCAUGUUUGCAGGGCAUUUGCCUUUAGUCUUGUUCCUUCCUGUCCUCCCAUAUCUCCCAUACCCUCCCAUAUCUUGUCUACAUAUUUUUAUCUGUGUUAUGCUAGUUAUCUGGGAUGUCUCCUUGAUAUGCGAGAGUCUGGUGCACUAGUUUCUUACCCACAUAGCUCAGUAUUUUGAAUUGAUCGCAACAAUUGUGCAGUAGACAGUGUUAUCUGAGCUGUUGUUGGGGGCAGAGUAGGUAUGAGCUAUGAAAAUACACCCACUAUUCUGGAGGGCCAAAAGGGCACAGGAUUGCCAAGUUAAGAAGACUUCUGCAUUGUCAUUAGUGCUGAGGGGAACAUUUUGCCUGUUGCCAUUUUUCUCAUCACUGCAGCACUACAGGAAGAAAGGAUAUGGGAACUUUACAGCCUAUGAUCUUAAAGGCAUUUCUUAACACAGGAAGGCAGGGAAAGAUAUGAUAGUCUUUUGGGCCAGCCAUGUGACCCUAGAUUCCUCCUCCAGUUCUUUCCCUGUUUUCACCCUGGACUUAACCUUUUUCUUCCAGCUCCCUUCAGCCUCCUCUGGAUGUAACUCUUAAUUUUGGAUCUGUGUUCAUUAUUCUUCUAUUUCAUAGCUGCCAUUGGUGUUAGUUUUGGAAUGCCUUCAGCAUCUGUCUUAUACUUUCAACUAACAUAAUUAAAGGAAGAGCCUUGGGUCACAUGGCUGGCCCAAAAGACGACCAUAUGUUUCAUUGCCUACCAGGGUUAUUGGUGGAUAUAAUCCAGCAUAUUUGAUGUCUUGCCCUAGUUAGAACAUUCAUGGUAAGGGCCCAACAUUCCUAUUUAUGAUAAUACCAAAGAAAAUUCUGAUGUCCUUGUUCAAAUAGGAAAUCAGGAUAAAUAUAAAUAUUAAUUUGCAGAUGACUUUAAUACAUCCAGCUAAUCAGCUGCCCCCUUAUAAAGCUGAUGAUUAGUGGGAAACCUUUUAUGUGUAAAAUGUUGGGGUUGACUAAAAGAAAGCUAGUAUAGUAGCUGUUCAUCACUCAAGAGCAGAAUUUUGCCUUUAUAUUGCCUGGUUUAACUUUAAAUUCUCAAUAGCAGACUCUUGAAGUUGCCACAUUGUAAAUAAAUGAUUAUUUUGGUACAGCGGGAAGUCGGAUUGAAAUCUUGGAGCUGCAGGAUUUGGAAAAAGAAUGUGUGCUGGCUCGCAUACGGCUAACUUUAGCACAGCAUGAUUCAACAACAACUGCUAUUACAGGUAAGCUCAGGAUUUACGUUCAUACUACUUGGCUUAAUAACUGUACAGAGGGUGAGCAAUUUAAUCUCUGUGUGGGAGAUCAGUAACCCACAAGAAAUGUAUUUCCACAUCCUCCUCUGUUGCUGUUUGUGGGAUGUGGAAUCCAGUCUUAAUUUGUGAAACACUCACUACCGUUAUUAUGCUGCUGCUACAUUUGCAGCAAGAGGAGACUCUGCUAAAUAGUGUUCUGUGAUCUCAUAUCCACAGUAGGCAUGGUCUACUCAAUUAUGAGAGACAGGGCGUGUGGCUUUGCAUCUAUAAGAACUGAAUGUUGCAAUUACUCUGUAUACAAUCGUGGCAGAUAGAGAGAGUUGUAUUAAAUAGAGCGCUAAUGUUAAAGUUCCAUAAGUGCCCCUUAAGCUGUUCUGUGGGUUCACUCAGCACCCCAGAGCAGAUUUGGGGCUGGGGGAGGAGAAGGGGAAAUCCCCUUGUGCUUGUGCUAAUCCUUGUGCGAGUAGAAAAAGUUAUUUGAAUAUCGCCCACUUAUAUACAUAUGUGUGCGGUUGAGAUGAUGUAAUUCUGUUAUGUUAUCUACCCAGGAAACUCAUCCCCCAAGGAGCUGGUAACCCUGUUGGUGCAGGCUGGUCGUUUUGACACUGCCAUUUCUCUCUGCCAGACCUACAACUUUCCCUUAACACCUGUGUUUGAGGGACUUACUUUCAAGUACGUAACAUAUUAUUGGACUUAAGUACAUAAUGUGAGUAGUGAAAUAUCUAUUGAUCUUUUGGGAAAAGUAUAUUCAGAUUUGAAAGUACGUACUUUUUAAGUGAAAUCAUACACUCUUGCUUUAAAACUAUGUCUAAGCUUGAGUAAUAUGAGAAUGUGAUAUGAAGUGGGAGUGAUUAUGACAGCAUUGAGGCUAGAGCAUUUGAUGUAUUCUUGUUCAUAAUCUUACAUUUUGCCUUGGCCAACUCUCAUCUGAGAGUCUAAAACAUCCUUGGAACAAAUUGCUGGGUAAUCAAGCCCUGAAACUAUUACCAAUACACGUUUUCACUUUCACUUAAGCUUCUGUGGUUGGCUUGUACAAGCUCUCAAUCGUUUCCUGUUGUGUUGAUGUUACCAUUUUCAUAGGUAUCAGUUUGAUUUAAACUACCUUGGUAGCAACUAAACCAGUGACACUUGUGCUGGCGGCUAAAGUUGUGGCAGAAUGUUUUAAAGAUGGGUGACAGUUACUGAUACAGUCCUGAAUAAGCAAAGAUGUUCCAUGAAUAGUAGAAGCAUUCAAUAAGCUCACUGAUCUCCGUAUCAAUCACAGCCAGGUGCAUAUGUAGGGUUCUAGAGCACAGCCAUUACUUCGGCAUCUGUAACUGAAGCAAAGAGCAAUUGUAAGAUGGAAUGUUUGGAAAAGUAAGACCAGGGUUCAAUUUCCUGCUCAGGUGAACUUGAUUGUUUCUCAGCCAGAGAAUCUAAUAAAGUUGUUAGAACAAAGCAGGGAUAACUCCAUAUGGGGUGGGUGGGAAGAAUUCAAUCAGUUUUUAAAUAAAUAAAUAAAUAAAUAAAUAAAUAAGGUUAGAAUUACUAUUGUACAUACAGUAUCUGAGUGUACCUGGUUAUUUGUAUUCCAGAUGUAUUAAACUCCAGUUUGGAGGGGAAACAGCAUUAGCAGAAGCAUGGGAUUGGCUAGCUGCAAAUCAGUUGUCAUCAGUCAUCACAACCAAGGAGACCAGGUACUGUGAUAUAUUUUGCAGGAAAAGAAAGCAAGUACUUUGUGGUCCAAGAAAUCUGCAUGGAAAUAAAUAUUUCUUGCUAAUAAAAUACCAGAAAUUGCACUUCAGGAUUGUGGUUGUCCUGCUUCAUUUAGUCUUCAACAAACCAUCUUGAAGCAGCAGUCGUAAAGUGUUCAUUCAUGCUUUCUUUUUUGCUUUGUAUAUUUUGAAGGAUGGUUUUAGUGCAAAUGUUAAGGACAUCCCAUAGUGGCUCUUGUACUUCAGAUAAAACCACAUGGCAACACUUUCUAGGGGUCCAGAAACUUUGGCUUAACUGAAUUAAGAACAGAAGAAAACAAGUUCACAUAUAAAAAGUUGAGCAAGAGAUUGUGGAAAGGGGAUGUGUAGACUCCCCUGUGAACCAUCAAAAUAUUCAGGAAUGGAGAUUUUCACUGGUAGCCGGAAACAUGCAUGUAUCCAUCCGUCUGUUAAUGGUAUUCCAAUUGUGUUGCAGUGCAACAGAUGAAGCAUGGCGUCUUUUGUCCUCCUACCUGGACAGAUAUAAGUCUCAGAACUGUUUAUACCAUCGCUGUGUAAUCAACAAGUUGCUGUCUCAUGGAGUGCCCUUGCCUAACUGGCUUAUCAACAGUUACAAGGUAAAUACCUGAUCUGUGCACAAUUAAGCUGGUGUUCAGUGGAGGAUAAAUGUACAAUGCUGGCUCAUUACUUCCCUGUUGACUGCUUAAAAAGUGUGAUAAAUGAGUUUCAGUGACACUUGUUUGUAGCUUGAGUAAUUGUCAAAUAAUAGUAAUUCAGGAGCUAAAAUCUGCACUGUGGUGAGUAAAUUGCAUGUUCUUAAUGUUGUAAAUGGACGCAGGUGGCGCUGUGGUCUAAACCACUGAGCCUGGGCUUGUGGAUCAGAAGGUUGGCGGUUCAACAGGGUGAGCUCCUAUUGCUCAGUCUCAGCUCCUGCCAACCUAGUAGUUCAAAAGCACGCCAAAAAGUGCAAGUAGAUAAAUAGGCACCGCUCCAGCGGGAAGGUAAACGGCAUUUCCGUGCGCUGCUCUGGUUUUGGUGUUCCGUUGCUCCAGAAGUGGCUUAGUCAUGCUGGCCACAUGACCUGGAAAAACUCUGCAGACAAAUGUUGGCUCCCUUGGCCUGUAAAGCGAGAUGAGCGCUGCAACCCUAGAGUCGUCUGCGACUGGACUUAAUUGUCAGGGGUCCUUUACCUUUACUUUUUUAAUGUUGUAAAUGAAAUGGGAACUUUGAUGUUGCAACUUGUGUCUUUUGCAUUUUACCUUAUUUUUAUUUUAUAGCAUUUUACUUUAUUGUACUCUGCUUUGAUGCCCACAGGCUGUGAAGUGGUUUAUGAAUUUGUAUAAUAAAACAAAUAUCAACCAAACAUUUCAGAUGAUAACAAAAGCCUCUGAGAGAUCUGGCAGAACCAACAGCAACACACCCUGUCUGGUGUAGGUCAUCCACCAUGGUGCCCAAAGUCAUUUCAACCCCAGUAAACAAUUUGGAUUCUUCAUUUUAAGCCUUUGUUAAAUAAAGGAAAUAAUUUGCAAAUGUUUAAGGGGGUAGUAAUUGGAAGCAACACAGGGAUCUAAAAGACAGGGAAGCAAGCUAGCCAUGGCCUUGAGUGCAAGAAAUAAAAGAGUUGUGCUUCACCAGAACAAAUCAGUCCAGAAUUUUACAAGAGUCUCUGCAAUGGGUUAUUUUCAGUAUGCCUUGUGUGUCUUGUGUUGGGUUCUUAUAAAUCUCAUCAGUAAUGAGGGCUACCUGUCAUCCACUAAGCGUCUUAAAUAUAAAAAGACUUUCCAGUAAGUGUCUGCUCAAUUUCAUUUGUUUCUCUACAGAUGGUAGAUGCUGCUGAACUUCUCCGCCUCUAUUUGAACUAUGACCUCUUGGAAGAAGCUGUGGAUUUGGUGCUGGAAUAUGUGGAUGCCUUACUUGGGAAAGGAUCUCGUUACUUUGGCAUUGAGGUACAAUUGGGUGUUCAGUUCAUUCCACUAUAUAUAUUUUUUACAAAUGAGAAAAAGUGACGGAAUGCACCUACCUUGAAGAAUUAUGGAAAAACUAAGAAAAAAACAGGUUCACAGACAAGGAGUACUCCUGGAUGACCAUGUGGCAGCCUAGAGACCUGGCCAAAGUGACUCAUGCCCUAGAUACUCCAGACUGGAGUACCACUGUAUGCUGUAUCCAGCUCCCCCACCUCUACCAUGUGCAAUGGUUUUACAUUUUUUGCACUUGGGAUGUUUCUCAUUCAGCUAAUGUCAUUCAGCUAUAUUAAAGGUUUUAUUUUCUUUUUAGUUCCCAUUAUCACCUACAACUCCAAUGGUUUGGCUUCCAUAUUCUGCAAUUGACCAGCUUCUUCAAGCGCUAGGAGAAAAUGCAACCAAUCACCAUAACACAGUGGUAAGUAUGUCUGAUGGAAAAUAGAAAUCAAUGUGUCCAGUGCUAUGGAUUUGUCAUAUCUUACUGUAUCACUUUGAAUGUAUGUAACCUGGUGAUGUUCACAAGGUGCUUUCAGCUCUGUGCUUGACCAUAUGCCUUUUGAUCCUUGGCUUAUUAACUAUAACCUAGGGGGGUUGGGCUGACAGAUUAGGUCCAGGGUGUAACUUCAUGGUGUAAUGGAUGGUCCCUGCCAUCAUGAAAAUGCCGUGGUGUGGAUACUCCUCAAGAAACCAGACCUGGACCCAAUGCUUUGACUAGCUACCAAGCAGCUGCAAAUGCACUCUUCUUAGAAAACGUGGUGGAUAAGGUUAAAGUGGGGCAACUACAAGCUUUCUUGAUACUGAAUGUGUUUGAUAUUAAUAUAUAGGAUAUGGUUACAAAUAUUGUGCCUUAGCUCAAGAGGCAUAUGAAGAUUUUUGUUGAACCAGAAUGUAGUAAAAUGUUUUCAUAUAUAAAUUAAUUAUAUCUGUCUUCAUGCCCUUUUGGUUACUGAUUAUUACAAUAGUUUGUGCAUUCAGUCUCCUGAAAAAGGUAUAAGAACCAGCACAGAGAAAUGUCUAUCCUCCAGCAAAUUUUUACCACAAAUUAAAUUUCACUUGGGAAGAUGCAAAAGGCUAUAAUAAAACUUACCUUGCUGCAGCGCCCCCCCCCCCCAUUUAAUGACUAAGGGAGUUUAUAAAGCUUAUGUGUAUAUCAUGAGCUGGACCUUAAUUCCAUCUGCUGCCCUAAUGCUUUCUGAAGGUAAGAGGUUGAAACCUGAACUAUGUAAUCAACUGCUGGGGGUCAGAAAAUACUGCAGGGAUCCUUAGCAUUUUCUGUUGAAAUUAAAUUGCUAUCAGCUGCUUUGGGAGUCAGUACAGGCUGCAAAAUUUGGUAUAAGGCAAUAAAGGGCAGUUGUAUCUCUUGCAUCCUCAAUCCCUCAACUAUACCUAUUAACAGAAAAUGAUUGUACUUCUGUUCCUUUCCAGCUAUAUCAGAAGGUGCAUGACAAAUUAGAGGUCUACCAAAACCAGGUUGAUAAGGCAACUCGGGAUCUUCUGUAUCGUCGGAACUAGCAGAUGGACCUGGAUUGUGUGACUUUACUUAAUCACCUUGUGCCUGGUGGCCCUUCAGACAAAGCUACAAGAAAAGACUGUGCUAAUGUGCAUAACUGGCAUGAAGUAUGUGUGAAGCAUUUGCUUUGCAUGGAUUGGCUGGAGUCAUAGGGAACCCUGUGCGCUGCUGGUGGUGCUAUUAUUACAAAUUCUAUUUUUUCACAAUGAACCAAACAUUCCCUACCAGGGAAUGAUAGACUUUUUAAAAUAAAUACGUUGGGGACGCUGAAUUAAAUUUAAGCUUUUAAGCCUGUGCCGAACUGGGUGCUAAAUCAUUUCCAGCAAUGAAACCCUGGGUUGUACAUUGCAUGUUCCUACCAUCUUUCUACUGAAUUAUUCCUUAUACUGUACUAUAUAUGGGAGCUAAUGUUGGUCUUAUUUAUUGUGACAGUUUUUGAAUUAUCUUUAAUAAAAUGAAAACUUUGUUUAAAAAUCCAGAGUCGUUUUUCACAAUAGCUUAUUGCAGUGCAUCUUUCCAUAGGGAAAGAUGUAUUUUGAAGGAGACAAAUAGAAAGUGUGAUCUGAUAUUUCCAUUGAAGGAGGAAAUGGGAACAGAUAAUGAUCAGUUAUUUACUAGUUCUCAUUGGAAGUUUCUAUUCCUGACUACUGACAAUUUUGUUCUAGUGGAAAAUUUACUGAAGUAAUGUCAAUGCUUCAUAAUUGUACAAUAUUUCUUUUGCAACUUUGAGUGUAAAUGACAUCAUCAGCAACACAAAAACUAGGUGCUAGCAUUAUCUGAGUUUCAAAUGGUAAGAUGCCAUUUUAUUGAUGGUUGGUAUGGGUUAUGACCACAUUCUCUCAAGUGACAUUGAGGCCAGUGUCCUGAUCUGCAGGCCCAAAGAAGUGCCUGUGUGAGUGGCUUGAUGCAGGGAUACCAAAGGAGGAUGUAAAAAAUGUGAAAAUGGCCACUUCCCGUCUUUAUUAAAGAAAAGUGAUCUUGCAUCACAGCCAGCAGAGCCCUGCUGCUUUUACAGACUCUGAAUGGACGCCGAAGCAGCAAGCAGUUGUCAUGACUUGUUUGCAAGGCGCUAAUAUGUUAAGAAUUACAUAUACACAUACUUUUGGGAGAGGCAAACCAUUGCUGGAGCUGCCUUGUCAAUAUACUUGUCCAGCUCAGAAAACAAAGCAGUUAGACGCCUGCGCAACUGAGAUAGCAUUUGAGCAUAGAUGUGGGCCUAAUUUUCUAGCUGAUUUAUUACCAGUAAAAAACUAGAAUGGAAUACAAAGUGUAUAACAUGAAGAACUGUUUUCAGACCAAGGGCUACAUUACCCUGGGGCAAAGCUGUAGAGCAGGGGUGGAUUACCUGUGUUUAGCUACACCUCCCAUCAGCCCUACCUGAGGGACAGAGAUGAUGAGAGCUCAGCAACAUCUGGAGGGCACAAGGUUAACCACCCUGCUAUAGAAUGCCAUGCUGCAGUAGUGGGCGAGGCUUGACACAAUAAUACAUCCUUAUCACAGAGCUAUUUUCCAUGGAAAUAAAAUAUGUGUAUUUAGGUCAGUCACUCGGAAGUAUCACCUUCCAUUUUCUCCAAAUGCUUUUUUAAAAAGUUUGUUACUUAAAUAAAAAGUUCUCCCUUUAUCUGUUCUGUUAAUUGUGUAGCAAUCCCAGCAAAAGAAUGCAUACGUCAAUGCAUAGUCUCAAACAUGUAAAUGCAAUUGUAUUUUAUCCUGAAAACUAGCUAAUUUUUACAAAUGCAAGCAGACAACGGCAAUGUCGCUGAGUGCUGUAGAGGCUUAAGAGAGUUGGGCUGUGUUGUCUAGGUUCAACCCUCACCUCUCUCAAAAAAACCAUGAGGCUCAUUGGGUGACCUGGGGCAGUCACUACUUCAAUGAGAGGACAAAAUGAGAGUCGUGGCAUCCUCUAUGCUGCCCUAUGCUACUUGGAGAAAAAGAAGUAUAUAAGUGGGGAGGAACCUGUAGGCAUCCAAACGUUGGAUUGCACCUCCCAUCAGUCCCACCCUAUGCAAGUGACAGCCUUGGUAAUAAUAACCCAACAUCUCCAGGUCCCAUUGCUGACACUCAAGUAUAUAUAUUUUAAAGGGGGGAUUCUUGUCCUGUUUUGAAUCGCCAUUGCCCAUACCGUCUUCUUGUGCACUCAAUUUCGCUCAAGCUUGCAUGUGACGAACCCUGAAAAUAAAGUUCUAACUCUUUUUGACUGUUAAGCAAUGUCCGGGGCUGUAACUGUGGCCCUUCGCUAAGUCACAUUAUGUUUUGUUGUUGUUGUUUUUUGCUUUAUUAACAAUCUCUUAUAUGACACAUUUCAUAUAGCAUAUCUUGUAUAACAUAUACAUAUGCAUUGUACAUCUUCUUGAGUAAACAUAUAUAUAAUCCGUGUAAGCAAAAACCAUACACAAGUAUUUGUUUACUUACAUAAAUUAAAUUGAUUUGUAUUUUUACUAUCUUUUGUUGUCAUAUCUAUUUAUUAACAUGAAUUAAAGAAAGAAAAAAUCAGAAAAAAAGAAAAAGGUGUAGUUGGACCGCCUAUCAUAGCCGUAUUCUAUAAUGAAUAUAUCUAUCAUUAUUGAGUUAUUCUUUAUAUUCCUUCUACAUUCUCACAAUGUACCUUUUGUCGCUAAGUCACAUUAUGAGUCCCAUGAGGAGUGGGUGCAUCCGGGGCUGCCUUGCAAGUAGCUGCUUCUUUGGCGAUCACUCGUAGCCGAGUAAGAUUGUCUUCCAUAAACACGGUUUUAACAAUGAGUCCGUAAGUGAUUGUGGAGGCCAAUUCUGGACCCACACGUCCUUCCACAGUGGGGACAUUGGUUCCCUGGCAGGAGUUGAUCACGGUGUGGAUUUGCCAAGCCUGCCUUCCUCUUAGCAAGUUUCUCCCUUGCGUCCUUGAGUCUGUCUUCCAAGCCCAUGACACCUUUGGUAAAGGCUGUUCUCCAACUGGAGCGCUCGCAGGCAACUGUUUCCCAAUUGUUGAUGUUUAUACUACAUUUUUAAAUAUUUGUCUUAAGACAGCCUUUAAACCUCUUUUGUUGACCACCAGCAUUACGCUUUCCAUUUUUAAAUUCGGAUUAGAGUCAUAGCUGUCAACCUUCCCUUUUUUUGAGGGAAAUUCCCUUAUUCCCGCGCCGUUUCCCGCUGCUAUCCCGGAUUGUUAGAUAUCCUGUAGACUGUCCCCGGGACAGGCGAGGCUGCUGAUCCCUUAUUUUCGAGGCUGAUGAUCCCUUAUUUUCAAAUCUGAAAGUUGACAGCUAUGAUUAGAGUACCGGUAGUUGCUUUGGAAGAAGGAUGCCGAAGGAAUGCGCUAAGAAAUGCCUCAGCGGCCAGCGCCGUCCGCGCGUCCGCGCGCCUGCCCUCACUCGGGGCCCUUGUCAGGGAAACAGG